AUGGGACGAUCGUUGAGAUGGGCUGUUUCUUUAAAGGAGGUGGGUUACUGUACAUAUUUUGAGAUUAAUGUAUUUAUAAGAAUGUUUGUAGACAUUGAGUUUGCCGAAUUUCGAGGAACUUUUUCGAAAAGCAAUUUUUGGCCUACCUGAAGAAGAUGUCAAAUCGCAAAGAGCUUUUCGAUAUAAACAAGAUAGUUUGGCUUGUAUAAUUGGAAGGAUUUUGAUAAGGUAUGUUCCUUUAAGAAUUGGGUACUGUAUAGAAGUUUGCUUAAAAAUUUUGAAUUUAUGAAAAACUGCAAAAAUCGAGUUUCCAAUAAAUAUUUUUUCCUACUGUAUGAAAAUUUUAAACAUGGAAAACCGAUUUUUUUGGAGAAAAAAUGUUGAAUCGUUCCUUUUGACGGAACAAUUGUGUUCAAAAUUAGGAUUUUUCAAGAAUUCAAAAAAUCUUGCCCCAAAGUUUAUUGUGCAUUUUUUUCUCAAAUUGAAAAAUUGGUCAUAUGUUGAAAUGUUUGUAAUUUGAACUCGGAAGAUUUUUUUCUGCUACAGUUUUGCUCUAAAUUGCCACGUAUUAUUCCAUGUUUUAAAAAUAUUUAAAGACACACAAUCCGCUAGAAAUGAACAGAAAAUGAGUUUGUUAUUCAUUCAUAACACCUUUCAAGUAAUCUAAAUUCAUGAAAAUCGAGAAAAAAAUUUGAGUCUAGCAGAAGUGAAAAAAUAAAAUAAUUGUUUUUGAAAUCGCUCAGCCGACGGAAAUUUCGAAAGUGUGUGCACACAGUGUGUCGCUAGAGCGCACAUGCUGGUUUUGUCGUUUGAAAAUAAAUGCGGGAAAUCUGUUUUUUCCAGUGUUUCUUGUGUCUUUAAAUUGUUUCUCUUUGAUAUUUCCACAAUGAUUUUUCCAAAAUGUUUUUAUUCUGAAAAAAAAACCAAUCCCAUUUGUGAGAUAUCCAUGUGGCACAACAAUGUUUCCAGAAAAGCGACAUGUGACAUCCUCGAAAAAUCCUGGCCCGAAAUCACAUUUGAAAGAACGGGCCGCGGAAAACCGUAUCUCAAAAAUUCGCCGCCAAAUUAUCAUUUCAAUAUUUCACAUCACGGUGAUUUGGUUGUUUUGGCCACCGAAAAUGUGCCAGUUGGAAUUGAUGUAAUGAGAAUUGAAAAAAGGAGAAGUGAAACAGCUGAAGAACAUAUUAUGAAAUUGAAAAGACAAUUUACAGAACAGGAAAUUGAAACAAUGUUGGGAUUUGUGACAGAAUUAGAUAGGUAAUUCGGAUAUUUUCUUCAUUAUAAAAAACUUGUUCAGAUGGCGUGCAUUUUAUCGAAUUUGGUGUUUGAAGGAAGCAAUUCUCAAAGCAACUGGAAUUGGAUUAACUGAUAACCUUAGAAAAUAUGAUUUUUGGACUAAACCCAAUCAUUCAUUCGAACCUGGCUGCUAUUUGACGUCUACCCGAUAUUUUCAUGAAAAAAUCGAGCAAAAAUCAUGGAGAAUUGAGGAAUGUUUCAUUGGUGAAAAUCACUGUGUUGGGGUUGCAUAUCAAAAAAAAUGAGCAACAAGAAAUUGCGACGAAGAAUUUUGUCAUGAUGAAUUUCGCAGAUCUUUUGUACGAUGUCCAAUUCUUGAGUCCCGAUUUAGAUGAUAUCGAAGAAUUUGAGAUUUUUGAUGUGAAACCGGAUAAACAUUUUUGA